AAGCAGUUGUGUGGGUUAUGUGGUUCUUCACACAUUUAAAGGACACAGCACAACAGAUCUAGACACAAGUCAGCAGCAGAGGAAGUUCUGAGCUGCGGUUCUGUUAAUCGAUCACAAUGGAUUACUUGGAUGAUUAUUCCUAUCCGUAUGAUUACAACUACAGCCUGGAGUUAAAUGAUACUCCUCUUGAGCUGCCAGUGUUUACACACAAAUCCACAUGUUCAAUGGAAGUGUUGUGUGUGUGUUUACUCGUGGUCAGUGUUGUCAUUUUUCUGCUGGGCUUCUGUGGAAAUGCUUUGGUCAUCUGGAUUUCUGGCUUCAAGAUGAAGAGGACAGUUAACACCACCUGGUACCUGAGCCUUGCCAUCUCUGACUUCGUCUUCUGCGCCUUCCUCCCAUUCAGCAUCACCAACAUGGCGAUGGAGGAGUGGAUCUUCGGCCGCUUCAUGUGCAAAUUUGCCUCCUCUGUCAUGUUUCUAAACAUGUUCAGCAGCAUCUUCCUCCUGGUCGUCAUCAGUGUCGACCGCUGUGUGUCAGUCGUUUUUCCAGUUUGGGCGCAGAACCAUCGCACUGUAAAUAAGGCGUCCAUUAUUGUUGUGUUUUCAUGGGUUUUUGCCAUCGCUCUGAGCUUUCCCUCUGCGAUCUUUCGUGAAGUUCACACUCAUAUGGGUAGAACCAUUUGCUUUAACAAUUACACUUGGGACCAGUACAGUCACAAAACAGUUGCAGUGAGCCGCUUUCUUGCAGGAUUUAUCAUGCCUUUUGUCAUCAUCAUCUUCUGCUACUCCAUUAUCAUCCUCAAACUUCGCACCAACAGGAUGACCAAAUCCUCCAAACCCUUCAAAGUCAUGACUGCGCUCGUGGCAGCAUUCUUUGUCUGCUGGCUGCCGUACCAUGUGUUUGUGUUGCUGGAGCUGAACCAGCAAAACUACGACCACAACAUUUUAAUUACUGGACUGAAAGUAGGAGCAUCUUUGGCUGCAGCGAACAGCUUCCUCAACCCAGUGUUGUAUGUGUUCAUGGGCAACGACUUCAAGCAGAAGUUCAAGAACUCUGUGCUCUCAAAGAUGGAGAAUGCAAUGGGCGAUGAAGGCCGCACCACCAGCAGGUACUUGUCAAGGUCCAGCUCCAUGGACACUAGAGCCUCCACUCAUAUCUAGAGGUGUCAGACAUUACUGCAGACAGUUUUUUCAGUUUAAAAGAAGUAUACACUUUUAAAUUACGGUAAAACAGGAUAUGAAACAUGUCUUUGCUUGUGACAACAAACUCAGUUUAGACUGACUGUGCAAUUAUUGGAUUUUUUUUCACUGUUGACAGCACAGAGAAAUCUGUUGCCAAUUUAAGUUUGUAAUAUUGAAGAAUGUGUGAGUGAGAGCCAAUGUAUGAACAUGUACUCAGCUCAUCUUGUUUAGCAGGAUUUGAGACAUCAGUCUCUUCCAGCAGCAUGAGUGUUUCAGAUCUGGAUGUGAAGAAAGCGGUGUAGGCAGUUAUGACUGUAUAUAAACUUGGUUGUAAAAUACAUGGACUGUAAAUGGAGUAUAUAAUGUACUGUAUGUUCUAAUAAUAACAUAUAAAAUGUUGUAGCAUUGUGUGCAAGACACUCCAAAAUCAAGGAACUAAAAGAGGGCUUCUUUUACAAAGGCAGUUUGCAUGGAUUUGUGAUUCCAGAUGGUGGCACCAUUCAGUUUCCAAAAUACUUGUUGCUUGAGGACUGCAAAUAUUUUUUGUCAUGAAUGCAACUCUUGCAAGACUGGGGCAUGGAUUGUUAGUGUUUCUUUAUUGUAUUUUAUUAGUACCAAGUAUCUAAAUCUCACCGGAUCAGAAAACAAAUCUUUAUAAUCACAGCUGGUAUGUUGUACAUUUAUUGGAAUGAGCCUCUUUUCAAUUUUUACAUGAUUGAUUUUUCAUGAACCUCUGAUCUAAAAUGGAUCAAAACAAAGCGAUGCAAUGAAGGUGAAACAAGGAGAUGAUGGGGAGCACUGGUGAAAGGGGGAACACUGUUAAUGCUGUUCUUUUUAUUCAUGCACAUGAAUGUAUUAAACUAACAGAGCUCCAACUAUUGAUGAACAAGAUGAUUUUUUUGUUAUAGCAUUUAUGUGUUUUGUAACAGACUGAUUCAAACACAGCGUAUACUAGGUGGAAGAUUGCCAUUGAGAUGUCUACAGAACAGUUGCUGUCAUGACUCAGGAAAGUAGUAUACGAGUAUAGCAAUCAUGUUGUAGCACAAAAACCACACAGCCAGCUGCUGUCAUUAUUUGACAAACAGUGUGUUGUAUGGAUCUGUAUUUAUUGUUGAUUUAUUCAUGGUGAGGGCUGUACAGUUGAUGUAUCUGUGUGAAAUAUGUUUGUUUCUGUUUUAAAAAUAAAGUUUGGACUUCAACAGCA